AUGCACUCCCUCUUCCUCCACAUCAUCUUCCUCCUCAGCGCACUCCUCCCCUCCCUACCUCUCGCCCAACAGCUUGCCGCCGUCCCAGGCACGACUUCCGAAAUCGGACUCGACAGAGACCCCAUCAACGUGCUGACCAUACACUGGCUCUACAAGCAAAUCGACAGCUACUCCCUCUACGCCGACACGGGCGAAGAAUGGCAAGCAGCAAACUGCGGCAACAUCUACGACGCGACCAACCCUUGCUGGACCGACUGGUGCGUACUUAAAAACCACAAAGGGCCGGGCUGCGUACACAUGCAUAUGGUUCCCGCACCUCCAAAUACAGAAAUCGACAUCCAUCUGUUGUAUGAUGUUGUUUCUGAGAUCAGGGGUAUGGGGGGUGCAAAGACUUGGAGCCUGGAGGCGUGGUUUACGUUCGGGCCCAGAGGCGGGGCGCCGCUCGGUCAGGGGUUCGUUACGCAGAGGGCGGCGAGUGGGAGUGAAACGGUGUUUCCGUCGCCGCCGGAGUAUGUGGGACCGGUCAUUCCGGCGGGGAUCAAUUUUAGGAAGAGGGCGUUUGUGGGAUGA